GUCUUUGUAGUAAGUUGAGACGCUUCAGCUGCAGCGUUUUCACCAGAGAAGAAGAAGAAGAUGCACAACUGGCAGGAGAAUGAGAUCAAAGAACUUCUGAACAUCCGGGGGUCGGAGGCCAUCCGAAACCAGAUCACGGGCACGGUGAAGGACUCUGUGGUCUACAACAGGAUGACCAAACUGCUGGCGGAGCGGGGGGUGUACAGGUCACACAUGCAGGUGAUCAGCAAGCUGAAGGCGCUCAGGAAGCAGUACAUCAAGUACCACCAGCAGAAGACCCGCUGCGGGACCGACCGCGUCGACUGGCCGUUCUACGACCAGUGCCACCGGGUGUUCGGGAACGGCCCCGCGGUGAACCCGGUCAAACGGCAGAGGAGUCCCACACCGCCACCUGCAUCCUCACCCCCCCCGCCACUGCCUCCCUCUCCUCCGCCUCCACCGCCGCCGUCAGCCCUCAGCGACGACCACCAGGAGGUCGUCGUCGGCCUCUGGGACGAAGUGGACAAACAUCUGGGUCCAGUGGAGCCGGACGACGAAGAGGACCAGUACAGCCCUUCAGAGCCGCUGCACACCAGCAACACCACGUUCAAGGUCCCGUCCAAGAAGAAGAAAACGACAGUGAUGGAGCAGGUCUCGGCUUUAGUGUCGGCGACAGUCGCCCAGCUCAGAGAGAUGGACGCCGCCAUGCAGGCGCAGGAGGACGCCCGGCUGCAGAGGCUAAUGGACCAUGAGAGGGAAAUGCAGAACAGUCUAGUGAGUCAGCUGGUAGCCAUGCAUGAACGCAUCAGUCGAGAGAACCACGAGAGACACCUGGAACUGGUGGACACGAUACUCUCCAGGUUCCCCUCGCCUUCAGGCCGCUGACCGGCUCUUCCUGUGAGAGCGGCGGCGGCGGUGGCAGCGUACAACAGGGUUAUUCACUCUGACUCUCCGACAACUGACCAGUGCCUGAGCCACAUUACUUUUAUUUUCACUGUAUGUAGAAAUAAUUCACUGAGAUCACCUUUAACCUUUAACCUCAAACAGAUCUGAAACAGAUUCAGGUUCAAACCAGGUCACGCUCUCACUCCAGGCCCUGACGCUCUGACUCACUGCUCCUCUCUUCAUCUGUUCUCUUAACCGUAGACACCGUACUGUACCACA